AUGUCUGACCUCAAGGCUACUGUUGCUGAGACUAAGGGUGGCUUCCACGUUGAAGGCUACGAGAAGAUCGAGUACGGCUUCGAGUUCAUCGACUACAUUUUCGAUAUUCAGAAGCCAGACCUAGCACAAUGCUACGAGAAAUGGAAGCGCUGCUUAGCAGUCAUGGAUCUGAACAUCUUCAACCUCUACGGCGAGCGGCUGCAGCGUUACAUGGAUCAUUACAACAUUCCUCUCAGCGUGCACAAGACCAUGAUCGGCGAGAAGGCGAAGUCCAUGGAUACCCUUCUCAGCAUCGUUGACUCUAUGACCAACUUCGGCAUUUAUCGAAAGGAACCGGUGCUGGUGAUUGGCGUUUCGCAUGUGCGGCUUACAGGCGCAACACGAACUACAUCAGAAUCCCCACGACAGUCAUCGCUGAUUGACGCAUCCGUGUCAAUCAAGGUCGCUGUCAACUAUGGCAACUACAAGAACCGCUUAGGCGCAUACCACGCGCCAAUGAAGACAUUCUUGGAUUUCACCUUCCUGCGAACACUGCCCGAGGCACAAAUCCGGAAUGGAUUCGCAGAGCUCAUCAAGAUUUCGAGCUCUCAUUUCGACUGGCUUCGGCAGGCUGAUGGCGCGCCCGAGGAAGUGAAGCGUGCAGCUGAUACCAUCAACCGUGCUGGUAUCCACGAAAUGUUGAAGCUCGAGACGCCCAACCUGCAUGAAAUCGGUCUUGACCGUGUUAUUGCAUAUGGUCACACUUGGUCACCGUUGCACGAACUAGUGCCUGAGACACCCCUGCGUCACGGUCACGCCAUUUCCAUAGAUAUGGCGUACUCGGCGACGCUUGCCAAUCGCCGAGGUCUUCUCAGCGAUGCUGAGCACAAGCGGAUCUUGAAUCUGUUCUCCAAGGCUGGUCUGUCUAUGGACCACCAUGACUUCAACGAGGACAUUCUGGACAAGGCGACGAAGGCUAUCCUACGCACACGCGACGGACUGCUGCGAGCCGCUGUCCCAAGCCCUCUGGGGUCGUGCGUCUUCCUCAACGAUGUUGAGAUGAGCGAGAUGUACGAUGCGCUACGCGCUCACAAGGAAAUCAUGAAGAGCUACCCACGAAACGGAGAGGGUAUCGAGGCUUUCGUCGACUCCAGCGAUACUGGCUACACCCUUAACGGCAAGCCUGUCGAGGAGAACGGAAAUGGUGCCUCUAACGGUCUUAAGAAGCUCAAUGUGCUCAACAAUGACGCCACAAACGGCCACGUCCAGACCAACGGCGCGGCUGCUGCUAAGAAGCAUGCUGGCGGACCCGAGGGUGUGGAUGGGCUGCAGAAGAAUGGCACGAACGGCACCAAUGGCCAUGCGAACGGUGUCAACGGCCAUGCCAACGGGACCAAUGAUCACAAUAUAAUUGCUGACGACGCCGCCAAGCUUAUCUCCCUCCUUGCGAUGAGCCUCAACUACUUCACGUGCACACUUGGUCAAGCUGCCUUGCUCAACCAGUCUAAGCUUUAUCGCACAAUCCCUGAGUUCAUCGACUAUCAAUUCAAGAAUCACCCUGAUCUGCCGGCGGUCGGCACGUAUGUUGUCGGCACUGACGACGCGCCAUGGGAACCGGCGAUCAUCACCUUCAAGGACGUCCGGAAUGGUGUCCAAGGAGUAGCACAGCUUCUCGAGAGAAGCCUUUCCCAUCAUGAGAAGAGAACCGUGGCAUUGCUCGCGAGCAGCUCAUCUGACUUCCUCUUCACAUGGCUGGGUCUGAUGUGCCUGGGUCGGCCUGUCCUUCUGAUUGCCCCACAAUGUUCAGCGUCUGCAGUAGCGCACCUGUGCAAAGCGUGUGAAGUCGACGUACUGUUCCGCGAGGAUCAGUAUGCCAAGCUAGCCGAGGAUGCUGGACGAAGCGCUGCAGCCGACAGUUUCAAGCUCGAAGUACUCGACUUGCCCAUCCGUGGACAUAAACAGAUAUGGCAGCUGUUACAGCAAGACUCUGCCAUGGGCCUGAAGACGAUUGAUGUCUCCGAGAACGACCCGGCAUACUUUCACCACACAUCUGGAACUUCCAGCGGUAUUCCAAAGCCGAUACCACAAACACACCGAGGAGGACUGGGGACCGCUACGUUCACGACCACGCCUCUAUACCACGGCGGUGUAGCAGAUCUGUUCCGGGCGUGGACUAGCAAUGCAUUGAUAUGGCUAUUCCCGGGCAGGGAUGCGCCGAUCACUGGAAAGAAUGUCAUUCGAUGUCUCGAUGCUUCGGCGACGAGCCACAGCGCCGGCCAGGCACCCAAAGUGGCAUACUUCUCCUCUGUUCCAUACGUGCUGCAAAUGCUGGCUCAAGACGAGAAAGGCCUGAAGCAUCUACAACGCAUGGACAUGGUCGGUGUCGGAGGUGCGGCACUGCCCAACGAAGCAGGAGAUGAAUUGGUGCGGACUGGCGUCAAGCUUGUCUCCCGUUUCGGUAGCGCGGAGUGUGGCUUUCUCCUGUCGUCACAACGUGACUUUGAGCAAGACCGCGGCUGGCAGUACCUGCGUCCUGACCCUGAUGUCCACGAGCUAUCCUUCGAGCCUCGUGAUGAUGGACUCUCAGAGCUGGUCGUGAGAUCAGGCUGGCCUCAUAUGGCAAAGACGAAUAGAGACGAUCGGAGUUUUGCAACUUCUGACCUGUUUGAGCCGCAUCCCUCGAUUCCUAAUGCUUGGAGAUACCACUCCCGAGCCGACUCCCAGCUCACGCUCGUGACAGGCAAGAAGUUCGAUCCUGCUCCGCUGGAAGCAGCCGUCGCUGCCGCGUCAGAUCUCGUCAGUGAUGCGAUGAUCUUCGGUGAGGGUGAAGCAUAUCCUGGAGUGCUGUUGUUCCGGUCGGCAGAGCAUCACGCCGUAUCUGAUGAUGAGCUGGUAGACCGUGUGCGACCAGUGGUCGAGAAGCUCAACCGUGGGUCGCAAGCGCACGCCCAGAUACCAAACGACAUGCUCGUCCCCAUGAGCCCGACAGAGCUCGAGAAGAGUAGCAAGGGUACACUGAUCCGGUCAGCACUCACCAAACGGUUUUCAAGCACCAUUGAGCAGGCGUACAGGGGUGAACGAGGCACUGGAUCCAGGCAGCAGAUUGAUGACGCUGCUGUUGAGAAAGCUAUCCUUGCGGAUGUAAAGGUCAUCAUGCCGUUCAGCGAGGUCCAGAGACCAGAAGACGAUCUCUUCGCGCACGGCCUUGACUCAGUGGCUUCGCUGCGUGUGCGAAACAAGCUGAGUUCACUGUUGCCAGGCGAUGUGAAGCUACCACUCACGAUUGUGCAAGAUUGUGGCACUGUCCAGAACCUGGCGAGGUAUGUCCUCGCGCUCCGUCGUGGCGAAAAGCCGUCUCCAGGCACUGCGGAGGACCCAUUGAACACAAUGAAGAAGCUUGUGGAGGAAUACAGCCGUGCAUCGCCUUCCAACGACGGAGUCACGGCAUUAAGAAGACGGCAGACGCUUAGCAACUCAAACACAGUACUGCUAACAGGGGCUACGGGCAGCCUCGGAGCGCACCUACUGGCACAUCUCCUCGAGCAGCAUGCCGAGCUCGAUAUUGCACACAUCUUUGUCCUCGUGCGGCAGACCGGCAAAGUCGAUCCUACCAAGAGAGUUAUAAACGCACUCACUUCACGCUCCUUGCAGCUCCCGAGUAGCGACUAUUUGGACUCUCUGGUGAGCGUUUAUUCAAGCAGCUUGUCGUCAGACCUCCUUGGCCUGGAUCGAGAUUUAUAUGACCAUAUCGCAGCAAACGUGACGCACAUCUACCAUCUCGCCUGGGCGGUGAACUUCUCGCUUCCUUUGUCUGCUUAUACACCGCAUUUCGCAGGUAUUCGGAAUCUGCUAGAGUUGGGGUGCAUCAGUGGAGGCUUGAAGAAGUUCGUAUUCUGCUCGUCCACGGCAUCUGUGUCAUCGUAUCGUGCAAAGGGCUCUGCUGGAGUGCCGGAAACAAUCGUGUCUGAGCCUGAGGCGGCCGGACCGACAGGUUAUGCACGUAGUAAAUGGGUUGCUGAAGCGAUCUGCCACUCAUUCCUCCAUGGCGCUCAUGCUGGCCACAUGCACGGCAAGGUCAGCCUUGUUCGAGUCGGACAACUAAGUGGUAGCAGCAAGACAGGUGUAUGGAAUGGCACUGAAGCCUAUCCGCUGAUGCUAAGCGCUAGUCGUAAGCUGGGGAUGGUGCCUGACCUCGACGAAGCGAGACGGCAGCAAGGACGAGUAGCUGGACGUGGAAAAUUUGAAGAGUGCGCAUGGGUAGCUGUCGACAUUGCGGCAGCGGCGUUUGUACAGCUUGGCAACUUCAGCAUGUCGCAUGGUGAGCAAGUUGCAGCCACGUCUCGAGCGGAGUGCGUCAGGCCGAGCGUUCUUCAUCUACUCCCAUGUCCUGGUAUACACAGCACGUGGAAGGAUAUUGUUCACCAGGUCCUCGAGAAGGAGCCUGAUGCAUUCCGCAAGGUGCCUAUUGAAGAGUGGCUCGAGAAGCUAGAAGGCUUGCGCCUGGAUGAUAGCCCCGCGCGACCAAACGGCAGUACUGAUGCGGAGCAUUCGAAUCAAGAUGGGAAGCUGGACUCACUUAGUGGUGGCCAAUGCCACCAGCAUCCGGCGCUACAGCUAGCUGGCUUCUGGAGAGGGGCCUAUAUGGGAUCCAACGCUGUCACUGCUGACGAAGCCAAAGCCGGAGAGACCACGGCCAACAAGGCUGGAACAGAUCAAUCCGAUACGAAGGUCACCAGUGGCUUCAAUAUGGAAGCGAGUCUCAGGCAGAUGCCAGUGCUUCACGAAAAGUGGCCGUCAGCAGUACAUCUACAGGACGGCUAUGUCGCCAAGUGCUGGGAAUGGAUCAAGGCCAAUGUCGGGACCUAG